AUGGUGAGACUUACCAUGGUGACAUUGAGAAACCGCUGCGUCUCAAUGUCAUUCUUCAUUGGUAUUGGGGCCGGCACAGUUGGAGUGAUGCGUGCCUAUGCGGCCACUGCCAGCACUGUCAAAGACCGCGCUCGUGCAAUCUCAUCUAUUCAGGCUAGUUAUGUCAUAGGAAUGACGAUUGGACCUGGAGUUCCAGUUGCCUUCGCUCCGAUCGAGUUUCCUGGAUUCGUUUUUGGACCACUCCAUUUAGAUAUGUAUACUUCGCCAGCAUGGCUGGGUACACUGAUCUGUAUUGUGUCCUUGGUUUGCGUUUUCAUUUUUCUCGAAGAGCAUUAUGCCGGUAUACAAGAAGUCGACAGAGGUGAAGUUGACUACAAUCCACUGCCAAAAUUCGAUUGGGUUGCCGUCUCUGUCUGUGUUGUGACACAGUUCACACUCAUGAUUAUCAUUACGAAUCUGGAAACGUGA